CUGCAGCCGCCUGGGAUUCCGCCUGACAGGAAGUGCCCCGCGUCGCUAUGGCUACAGGCGCAGAUGCUCUAGGCGCCGCCGGGAGCGUUCCGUUCCCAUAGCAACCCCAUUAUCUCAGGAGCCAGAACCAGGGCAGCAGGCUCCAGGGGCCGAAGAACCUGAGCAUCUGGCUUCCGCAAGGCAACCCUGCGGUGCCUUUAACGAGGUCCGCCGAGGUCAGGACGCUGAAGCCGCCCGAGGAGGCCGACCUGCCGGGCUGAGGGAGCCGGGAAGGCUAGCUCCGGGCCGUGGCUCCUCUGCCCUUGGCCAGGAAUAAGAUGCGAGCCAGUCCCAUCCGCAUCCCAACUGUCAGCAGUGACACCGACUGGGAUUUCUGCUUCCAUCUGUCACAGCAAACCAAGACCCCAGCACAUGAGCGAACAGAUGAGCUGUAUUCCACCAGUGGGUCUGGAGAGAGCGAAGAAGACAACGCCAGAGCCAAGAAGGAGAAGGACAUAGGCCCUAUGUCUCUUCCCAAAGAGAAACUGGCCCAAUCCCAGAAGAAAAUAGCUCAGCUGAUCAAGGGAAAAAUGAACAUCCAAGCGAACAAGGAGCUGAUUCGCUGCGUCAUCCUUUCUCGGAUCAUUUUUGGGGAAAAACACUGGAAAUGCGCACAGGCGUUGGCCAGCCUGGCUUAUGGCUACCUGACACUGAGAGGCCUCCCAGCUCAGGCCAAGAAACAUGCUGAGUCCGCCAAGAACACACUGCUGACCUGGAAGGGAAACACGGCCUUGGACAAGGAAAAGGAGGAAAUUCUGGAAGCUCUGGUCAUGCUCUACUACACUCUGGGGGUGGCCUGGCUCCUGCAGCGCCAUGGCAGAGAGGCUUAUUUCAACCUGCAGCAGUCAGAGAGAAACAUGAAGGAGCUGAAAGAAUCAUAUAAGGGAGGUGUCGGUGGGUUACAGGUCUCAGAGAAAGACCUAACAGUUGCUUUGGGCAGAGCCUCCUUGGCCAACGGCUGGUUAAACCUAGCUCUGACAUACUUUGAAAAGGCAAUUGGGAACGUUAUUGCUGCUAAGGGGGAUAGGACGUCAGAUCUGGUCAGUCUUUAUGAGGAAAUUGCCCAGAUAGAGCAGCUGAGGCGGAACCAUGACCAGGCCAUCCAGUACUUGCAGCAGGCCCACUCUAUCUGCGUUUCUUUGUUUACUGAAGUCAGCCCCCAAGCUGCGCAGGCAAGCACUUUACUAGCCAAGGCUUACGCCAUGUCUGGAGAAGCCCAACACAGGGAUGCUGUUGAAAUAUAUUUUUUAAAAAGUAUCACUGCAUAUCAAACACCAUUGGGCCCAGAGGAUUAUGAAACACUGAACACUAGUGAAGAAUUUUGCAAAUGGCUUAUCCAAAAUGGGGAAAAACUGGAGGCUUACAGACUGCUAAAGGCUUCACUGAAGUCUCAAGUCAUCCACUAUGGGGACUAUUGUGAAAAAGUGGCUGAAACGUUUUAUAACAUGAGCAGCAUCCGCUUUGCCAAAGGAGAGCUCAAAAAAGCAAUUCAGCUGCUAAGGAAGGUGAAUACUGGCUGGUUUUGUUACAUUUGCUCCUAGGCCUAUAAGCACAAUAU